AUUGACUCUUUUGAUUUCAUUUGAUUGUUUUGUUUUUUCUUCUUUUUUACAAUUUUCUCAAUUAAUUUAAUUGUUUAUCUGUGUGUUUGUUUGGUUUGAUUGCAAAUGAUUAAGAAUAACAUCAAUGUCUGAUCAUAUUGUUUUCUUUUGGUUGCUCGUUGCUGCUUCAUUUUUAUUCUUAAUCUUGGUCUAUCUUAUUCAUCAACAAUUUGUCGGAAUUUUAUCACCGACGGAUCAUAUCAUCAAAUAGAACUUUUUUUUCUCGAUAAUUCGCCUUCUCUUCUUAUUUAAUUUGGACCUUUUUCUACAUAUUAUAGUUAAUUAGAUGACUCGACAUGCGAGGAACAACACAGCCUCUGCCUGUUACACUUACCAUGAACGGCAAAGAGACACGGCGAACAGUGGGUAUGGAACAAUCCGAGAGCGAUUAGCUAAGGACUCAAUUGGUGAUUUCGAUGCUUGUUGUUUGACACUACAACCCUGUCGAAAUCCAGUUGUCACCCCAAAUGGAUAUUUAUUUGACAAAGAAGCCAUUUUGGAAUAUAUAAUCCAUAAGAAGGCUGAAAAUGCUCGGAAAUUGAAACAAUAUGAGAAGGAAAGGAAACGCCAAGAAAUGGAAAUGGCUGAACUUGCCGACGCCGAAGAGCAAACAAAGGCUGAGAAAUUCAUCAACAUGGAAAGAGGUUUAAUCAAUCCAAACAAAUCUAAUCCUAAAAGAGAUUUAAAUCAACCUGGAACAUCAGAAGAGAAAUCCGUUUCCAAUAUGGCCGCUGGUUUAGAGAAAAAGUUACCAAGCUUUUGGAUUCCAUCGUUAACACCCAAAGAUGAAGGUAAAGAAUCAGUUAAACCACCAGACACAACAAUUACCUGUCCAAUGAGCGGUAAACCAUUGAAAGCCAAGGAUCUAAUUCCAGUUAAAUUUAUUCCAGUUGACCCUAAUUUAACUCGAGAACAACUGAUCACCAAACAGGAGCGAUAUUUAUGUCCGGUAACUCGAGAUGUUCUCGGUAAUUCUGUUCCAUGUGCCGUUCUCAGAACAUCGGGAAGUGUUGUAACCAUGGAUUGUAUUGUGAAAAUUAUUCGAAAAGAUAUGAUUGAUCCAACCAAUGGAAAACCUCUUAAGGAUAAAGAUAUUAUUCCACUUCAAAGAGGCGGAACUGGUUAUUCGAGUACAAAUAAUCUCGAAUCGAAGAUCCAAAAGCCCGUAAUGCAAGCAUAGAUUGUACACCAACAUUUCGUCCUCAAUUGUAAAUCAUUUGAAAAUCUCCUAAAACACAAAACAAUUAAACUGAGAUUGGAACGAUAAUCCAAUCUUGUUAAUCCUCAACCAUUUCAAUACUCGAUGUAAUAUUGAACAACUUCCGGAUAAUUAUUAGAAUACAUGAAUUGAUAGUUAUUAAUUUUAUUCAGAAUAUUAUUAUUUCAGAUUGUUAAUUACAUGGAAUCACAAUUA